AUGCUCAAUUUUUAUCGUCGGUUCAUGUGCGCUAAUCCUCCAGCCACUGACGAACCUGCUGCAAAAAACAAGGACAUCUCUUUGGAGGGAGAUGCUCUGCACGCAUUCCAACAAAGGCUGCAUUGGCUUUUUCGCAAUCCAGAUUUCCUGACAACCGACGCAUCCGACGCUGGUGUGGGCGCGGUGGUUGAGCAAAGUUCAACUUCGCAUUCUUUUUCAAAAGCUUUCGCCAGCCCAGAGAAAAUAUUUGCUGGCCAUUUAAAUUUCAGGCACUUACUGGAAGUUCUCGACCGAUAUUCGUCACAUAAAGGGGAAGGACAACGCCGUCGCAACACCCAUUUAUCGCGAGCGGAAAUUCAUCUCUUCAGACCGGCGUCUUGGGUCAAGAUUCCUACCCCACGCUAUCCUUUCGAUACUUCUUUAAAGCUAUACGACACCCUCAACCGGUUGAAUUCAUACAUCCCUCAACACUUGCGAGAUUGCAAAUUCGUUUUCGUACGGAACGACGCCGUGACCACGACCACGCCAGCAUACCAAAAGUCCUUUUCAGGUUCUUCGAUAAAUAUUACGAUCAAGCGCGCCAACUCGACCGACACCAUCGCAAUCGAUCGGACCAAGCCUGCUUUUCUGGAAAAACACAGUAUGGGCUCUGCGGCCCCUAAUGCUAUUCAGCGCACCCAUCAGACGCAGCACCGCAGACAUCAAACGACACCCCAGCGACUCCUGUGCGGCGGCCGAUCCGAACGCCUGCCUGCCUGCCUGCCUAUCUAUCUAUCUAUCUAUCUAUCUAUCUAUCUAUCUAUCUAUCUACGUGUUUAUCAGUUUCUCCGUCUCUCUCUCUCUUUCUCCCUCUAUAUCUAUCUAUCUAUCUAUCUAUCUAUCUAUCUAUCUAUCUAUCUAUCUAUAGUCUUCUAUCUAUCUAUCUAUCUAUCUAUCUAUCUAUCUAUCUAUCUAUCUAUCUAUCUAUGUGUUUGUCAGUUUCUCUCUCUCUCUCUCUCUCUCUAUAUAUAUAUAUAUAUAUAUAGUCAUCUAUCUAUCUAUCUAUCUAUCUAUCUAUCUAUCUAUCUAUCUCUGUGUUCAUAUCUACACUCAUCAUCUAAUGUCGAUAGAUUGAAGAGAAGAUACGUUUGUGUUUAG